GCGGGAAUUUGUUUCAUUGAACAUGAUGUCGAGUCGAGUCAGAUAUUCUGAUAGGGAAGAUCCGAAUUGUGCCACAGCAUGUAACUACGAAAUGCCAGAAUGUGAUCAGCGUCCGGAUUAUCAGUUUUUUUGCCAACUUGCCCAUGGAAGCCCUACUGGAAUUAUACGUGGCUUUACUACAGUCCGUCAGCUCCACUCGAAAAUAUCGGAAUGUUUUGAUAUUAAUCCAUCUCAGAUUAUGUUCUGUACACGUAACACUCAUAAAAUCGAUAUGGAUAAAUUAUUAAGCUAUGAAAUUGGUCUCAACGAUUUCCUGUUUGCACAUAUUCAAGGUCAACCAAAAGAAAUUUGUAUACGUAAAACUAGUGAAUCAUUUGGCUUGACAUUAACUGAUAAUGGUUGUGGUGUUGUGUUGAUUAAACGUAUUAAACCUGAUGGGUUUAUGGAUCAAGUUUCGAAAGCUUGCGGUGGACUUAUACAACCAGGUGAUCAAAUUGAAAAAAUCAAUAAUAUCUCAUUUAUCGGACGACGUCAUUAUCAUGUUGCAACCUAUUUACAAAAUAUUCCUAUAACAAAUGUAUUCUGUUUACGUUUAAUAUCACCGGAACGUUGUCCUAUGUAUAUGAUAAAUUCACGUUCUAAAGAAAAAAAUUCUCGCCUGGGAUCUGGGAGAAAAACAAUUCGUUUAAAACAAGAUGGUAGAAUGGAAGAAAGUGAGAUUGUAGAUAUUGAAGUUGAAGGUACACAAAAAAUUAAUGAAUUACUUGGUGAUAAUCUUGGUUUUGAAGAUAAUGAACUUGCAUUCUACAUUUAUAAAUUAGCUCAAUGUUCCAUUGAUCCAAUUGAUUUAGAACAACAUAUAAAUAAUAAUCAUUGUAACAAAUUAUUUCCAUUUUUAUUACCAAAAUAUUUAAUUACACAAUUAUGGACUACAGCCAAUCGGCCGGAAUCCUCUGCCUGUCAUCAACAUCCCCAACAUCCUCCCAAUCAUCCCAGUCAUCCCAAUCAUCAUCAUGAUAUGUCACGUACUCCGAACAACAAUAAUAAUUAUUAUCAUUCAAAAUUAUUAAAUACAAGAAUAAAUUUUUAAAUUAUUGAGGUAAAAAAAUAUUCUUAAUCAUUAUUGAAUCAAAAAUCAAAAUGAAAUUGUUUAGAUUGUAAAAACUAUGAUUCAUUUCAAAAAAAAAACAACUUUUAUUGCCGGUGAAUAAUAAAAAAAGAUCAAAGAAUUUCAAGAGACAAUACUAUGUCUUCCUCCGUCUCUCUCUCUCUGUCUGUCUCCCGCUCUCUCAAUCAUCCACAAUCACCUACACUCACACACACUUACACACACACACACCUUGCUUGCUGAAUAGCGCCUUAUUUAAAAAUAAAAAGUAAAACAAACGAGAACUCAUUUGACCUUGAACAAACAAUCAAACAAACAGACAGAAACAAUUGAUUUCAAAUGCAUAUUAAAUCAUCUUCAAUGAUGAUGAUGAUGAUGAUGAUG